AUGAAUUGUAGCGUACAAAUGCCACCCCCACAAGAUGAGUGGCCGAUUAUGGAGAGUGGCACCCGGACCGGUUGGCUGUUUAAUUAUCACCCAACAAGUGUUGCAGCACCGGAGUCCGCUUUUGAUCGGCAUGGUGGCUCAGGCGUACGCGCUGCGCUGGUUCUUCUAUUCACAGAUCACGAGCGUGAAGUAUUUCAGGUAAAUUUGUUUUACAAUCCCUACAUAUUUGUCUCCGCAGUUGAGGGUCACGAGCAUGAGGUAGAGCUCGGCAUGAUGUCGCUGUUUGGACCGCAAUUGAUCUGUCAUAUCGAAAUUGUGGAGAAAGAAGACCUUGACCUCAUUAACCAUUUGAGCGGCCGCAAGCGCCUGUACCUAAAGGUUUCCUUCUCUAAUGUGCAGGACCUUACUACCGUUCGUGGUCGUUUAGAGAAGAUAGUGAAACGAAACGCAUCGAUGGGCGCAAGCAAUACGCUGCUCAACCCACUUGACAGGUCGAUCGGGGACGUGAUGGCCAAAACAUUUGAGGAUGACCCUGUUAAUAGUACCACCGCAUCAGAAAGGUGGUUUGACUGGGUUCACGAAAUACGGGAAUAUGACGUGAAGUACAGCAUGCGUGUGGGGAUUGACCUUGGUGUUUUUGUGGGAUUAUGGUAUGACGUCAAAGUUCACGAAGGGGAAACGCAGCUGAUCCGCUGUGAUCUUAAUGCAUACGCACCGGCUAUGCCACGCGUGUGUGCGUUUGAUAUCGAAACGACAAAAGCACCACUAAAGUUCCCACAACCUGAGGUGGAUCAAAUUUACAUGAUUUCGUAUGUGCUUGACGGGCGUGGGUAUCUGAUCGUCAACCGCGAAAUUGUGGCCACAGAUAUUCAUCAGUUCGAAUACACGCCCAAGCCCGAGUAUGAAGGGAUAUUUGAUACCUUUAAUGAACCAGAUGAAAAGGCAUUGCUGCAACGUUUCUACAGUGAGAUGCGUCUAUACCAGCCAACUGUGUAUGUUACGUAUAACGGAGACUAUUUCGACUUUCCUUUCAUCCACGCACGCUCAUUAUUCCACCAUCUAAGCAUGCGAGAAGAACUGGGCUUUUCGCAGAACUCUGAGGGGGCGUUUGUAGCUAACAAAUUAGUGCAUUUGGAUUGCUUUUACUGGGUGAAGCGGGACAGCUACCUCCCGCAAGGUAGUCAAGGUCUGAAGGCGGUAACGAAGUACAAACUGGGAUAUGAGCCAAUAGAAGUCGAUCCGGAGGAUAUGUUGCCACUUGCACAAAGCAACCCACAACAGAUGGCGUCGUACUCUGUCUCCGACGCCUUGUCAACAUGGUUUCUUUACCAAAAGUACGUUCAUCCUUUUAUUUACUCACUAUCCACGAUAAUUCCCAUGGCCCCGGAUGACGUGCUUCGGAAGGGCUCUGGUGGUCUUUGCGAGUCGUUGCUCAUGGUGCAAGCGUAUGCAAAUAACGUUAUUUUUCCCAACAAGAAGGAGAUUAAAUUGGAAAGAUUUUUCAACGGUCACCUGAUUGAUAGUGAAACAUACAUCGGUGGCCGGGUUGAGGCUCUUCGCAGUGGUGUUUACCGCAGUGAUAUUCCCAUACAUUUUCAAAUGAGUGCUGACAUGUAUCAAAAGCUCAUCGACGAUCUCGACGACGCGCUGCGAUUCUCAUUAGAAGUGGAAAACAGUGUAAAGAUGAAUGAAGUGACAAAUUACGAGGAAAUCCGUGAUAGCAUCAAAGCUAGACUUGAAGUUCUACGUGAUCGACCAUCUCAGUAUGCCACGCCCAUCAUAUACCAUCUGGACGUCGGUGCAAUGUACCCGAACAUUAUUCUCACAAAUAGGUUGCAACCUUACGCCAUUCCGAAGGCUGAGGUGUGCGCGGGAUGUUGUUUCAAUUCUCCGACGAACGAACACUUCUGCAAAAGGACUAUGGCGUGGAAAUGGAAGGGUGAAUUCCUUACAGCGGGUCGCCAUGAGUAUCAACGUGUCAAGGCGCAGCUGGAGAACGAGUCUUUUGCGGAAUCGGUUAUUCAGCAGGCCAACCUAUCAGCUGUCCAAAAGAAAACGUACGGCAACCGCAAAGACAAUGUUUUGGAGGGAACUGCGUACGAAAAGAAGAGGCGCCCCUUCGCGAAACGACAGAACGAUGUCAAGAGCGACUACAGGCACGAGAACAACUUUCAGCGCCAGGAGGCGCGGAAUGCACUGCUGCAUAAGGAGUUCCAAAAGGAUCAAGAUGGCUCCGGUAGCGAUGAGGAUGAGGAUGCAGGUGGCCCUAAGGCGUAUUACAAAUUACAGGAGUCCACAAAGUUUAACAUGCUCAAGAAGCGCCUUGCCGAGUACAGCAGGAAGGCUUACGGCAAAAUCCACGAAUCCCGUGAGAUCAUGCGGAGCGACGUUGUUUGUCAGCGCGAAAACUCCUUCUACGUGGACACAGUGCGUCUGUUUCGAGACCGCAGAUACGAGUACAAAGCGGCCCUCAAAACGUGGAAGAAGAGGUUGGACAAUGCCAAAGACACCGAAGAAAUCAAGCUUUGCAAAAGUCGUUGUGUGCAAAUGGAGUCCCUCCAGCUAGCUCACAAGUGCAUUCUGAACUCAUUCUAUGGCUACGUAAUGCGCAAAGGGAGCCGCUGGUACAGCAUGGAAAUGGCUGGCAUUGUCACAUACCUCGGUGCCACGCUGAUUCAAAUGGCGCGUGCGCUAGUACAACAGAUUGGAGUCACCCUUGAAUUGGAUACGGAUGGCAUUUGGUGCUGCCUUCCGAACACCUUCCCAGAGAACUUUACCUUCACAACAACUAACCCAUCGACACCAAAGGUGACUAUUUCCUACCCCUGUAUUGUGCUCAACAAAAUGGUGCAUGACGGAUAUACAAACCAUCAGUACCAAACUUGCGUUGGACCCGGUUUGUACGAACGCCGUAGCGAGUGCUCCAUAUAUUUUGAAGUUGAUGGGCCCUAUCUAGCAAUGAUGCUCCCAGCGAGUAGGGAGGAGGGGAAAGGUAUUAAGAAACGUUACGCCGUGUUUGACCCGGACGGCCGACUUGCUGAUUUGAAGGGGUUCGAGCUCAAGCGACGUGGGGAGUUGAUGCUUAUAAAGGAUUUUCAAUCGCAGGUGUUUCGUCGCUUCUUGGACGGCACCACCCUGGUUGAAUCGUAUGCCUCAGCGGCCGUUGCAGCUAACGUCGCACUCGACAUGUUGUACUCCAAGGGCGAGGGCUACGACCCAGAGGAGAUUCUUGAGAAGCUGUCGGAGAGCAGCAACAUGACUCGACGUCUGUCAGAAUAUCCUGACUCGCAGAAGUCCCUUGCACUGACAACAGCUCGACGUAUUGGAGACUUCCUUGGUCCACAGAUGGUUAAAGAUAAGGGACUUGCUUGCCAAUUCGUGAUCUCGCGUCUUCCCAGCGGCCGCCCUGUUACUGAGCGGGCGAUUCCACUCACUAUUUUCCGGGCAGAUCCUGCCAUUCGCACACACUUCUUACGCAAAUGGACGGGUGACAACUCCAUAUCCGCUAAUGUAGACCUUCAACAUUUGCUUGACUGGGAUUAUUACAUUGCUCGCUACAACGCAUGCGUGCAGAAAAUUAUAACGAUUCCUGCCGCGCUACAGCAGGUCCCCAACCCAGUCCCACGAGUGCCGUACCCGGACUGGCUUCAGAAGCGUGUUCAACAACUGAACUCAAGAUUCAAGCAAACGACGCUGACAAAUAUGUUCGUCAAGGCUAAACCAGGUGACGGUGGUGUGCCUGAUGUGGAGGAUCUUGUUACGGGCGAUGGGGUGGCCCCCUCAUCCGGUGGAGAGAAAGAUGUGCGUCGUAAGAAGAAUGGUUCUGCAGGGGUGGUUAACGGCGAUGUUUACUACCUUCAAGAAAGCGAAGGUACUGACUCGGACGUUGCUAGUAUCGUUAAUGUGUCUGACGAUGAGGGAUACCGCCUUGUGCGUGAGGCAGAGUUACAUGAAAUUGAGGAUGUUGAAAUGCUAAAGUCCAAGUAUUUUGCACCGAACAGCAACCACCCUAUGGAUGCCGCUUUCUUCGCAGAUGCACGUGUGGGGGCUUGGUUGAAGCUGCAGAAGCAAGCGUGGACACGUCGCGCUACGUUACGCCGACAAAUGAUGAAAGAAAGUGAGUUACUCACAGCGGAUGGACAGCCAACUAGCAGCCACUUCAUUGAUGUGAAAACUAAAGCACUAUCGACAACCUGGCAUAUCAUGGAAAUACGAACGGACAAAGCUGACGACGGUACGGUGGCGGUUAUCGCAGCUCUGGAUAAAACCCUCUACACCUUCCGGUGCAUUGUUCCACGGCGCAUUGUUGUUGAUGCCGAUCAUAAUGCAUUUUUACCCUCCGCGAAACCUGUUACCAAUGCGCUUGUUUUACCUCGAAGUCGAAGCUCGACAAACCUGUUGCAUGUUGAUUUACCUCCGGGUCGAGAGGGCGAAAGAAUGCUGAAUGGAUUACUCACAGGACGAGAGGAUGUCCACAUGGUUUAUGAGGAUCACAUUACACGAGCUGAGGUGAUGAUUGAAAAAAUCGGGUGCUGUGCGAACGUUUUAGUUGACGAUUAUCUGCGAAACGCGAGGCAGAGACCAUAUGCAAGAGGGACUUUUAGCGUAGAUGAACUUACGAGUGUCCCCACCGGAAAUUACCUCCAAAAUUCGUCUAACCGUUUUGUAUUUCUUUUUCACGUCGCUUCCGACACCCGCGGCAUAAUUGGGCUUGUGAACCACUUCGAUCAUACUGCUUUCGUAGCUAUAAUUCAACCAGCCUCGGCGCCUGCCCCAACAAUAAAUUGGAGAACAUUGUUCUUUGAGGCAGCACAGUCUCUCAACAGUACUGAGGUUCCGCUGGAUGUGACGUGGGAGGUCGUCGCAGAUACCGAAAAUGCGUGGCGACUCGUCUAUCGCUCACUAAAUGGAGUGAUGGAAGGAGGGGGCUCACCGUUGUUUGCUGUCCUUGAAAGUAGUAUCACUACGACGCAACUUAUUGAACAACGUUGCCUUCCGUCAUCACUCCCAUAUCUCCGUAUCCUUGGUGCAGCGGAGGAUGAACGCCUGCUUUCUGAUCCAUUCCGGUGGACACGGUUACUCGCACGGAGGCUGCUGCAGCGCUAUUGUGCAUCUCUACUUUGGGUAGAGGAGCGCAUCUCAUUUAGUCGCCUCUCCCGUAUCCCUCUAUGCAAUCUGAUGCAAGACACGAGUGUCCAUGCUUGGGAUGUGCUCUUCACGAGAGCACUGCAUGCUCGUGCCCAUGUCUUAUGGAACUCGCGUGAUGUAUCUAUCGCCUUCGAUUCCAUAGAGGAGCGACCGCGGCAGGUUGUCAUGCCCGGUGGUUACCUUUCGUGGGGCGUUGAGUUUAGUUUGGCGCGGCUCGAUGUGGUCGCCGUGUUGUUCUCACAGUUGAUUCAAGAAGGCGAUGACCCUAAUGCCCAUGCUCUGUGCAACCAAGGUGUAACCACACACUUUAACAUACUGCGAGAUCUCGUCUCGGAUUUGUUGGGUCAAGUGCGAACCAACGCUGUAGCAGAUGUUCUUCUCGCUAGCUUCUCUCGGUGGAUUCGGGACCCCGUUUCAUCAUGUUACGAGCCGCGGCUGUUAGAGUUGGUGAGUACGCUGGCACACCGUGCACUGACAACUGUCUUAUUUAGCCUUGCGAAGCUUGGUGGUCGUACGGUGAAGGUAGAUGGUGACUCCAUCGUUGUUCUGACUCCGAAGCACACCAUUCAAGAUACGGUGAGCUUCGCACGAUUCAUGGUGGAUUCCUUAAAGGACCAGCCGAUGCUCCUCCUCUUGUCCCUGAAACCGAUUCGUUACUGGUGCCCGUUUGUCAUUCUUGACAAGCGGGACUACGUAUUUUUGUAUGUCACGAGCGAAGGAUGCAAAUCUCUAAAAGAGAAAGAUCAGGUGGUGUUAGACGAGAUGCUAGUUGAGUACUCCUUCACCAUAUGGAGUAAGCUGCCAAAAAAGGUUAGGGACAUCUUAUUGGUUCGAAUAGAGGGGACCUUGCGCGCGAUAGCGUUGGCGCGGGAGAGCGUGCUUGUCGAGGUUCAAGAGGAUCCAACAGUCGUGUUGGCGACAAAAAAUGAACAAAUUCUUACGAGGAUAGUUGGCGUUUACAAGAAGUUGGUUGAAGGAAAACUUCACACCGAACUUAUUGAGGAGGUUCACGACCUCACGGAGCGGAAGGAUCUCCAUGAAAAGGGGUUCCCAGCUGGUGAGACAACUCUAACAGGUGCUGCGGUCGCACUGGAGUACACAAAGGUGGUUUGUCGACUAUUGGAACUGUUCCCCAACGACGGGGUUUUGGGAAAGGUACGAAAUAACUGUCUGAGGCUGUGUGGGGUGAGUCCCUUCUCUCCACUGGCACAGAUUACUGCUGAUGCAGACACCGAUUGCCACCAGCUGAUGUUUCAAUGUAGCUUUUGUAAUGCAGAUGUUCUUCUUGAUCUGAGCAUUCGGGAGAAACGAAUGCGCUGCAAUGGAUGCAGUGCCCCCAUAUUCGCCUCCGCCGUCGAGUCUUACCUCGUACGCAAAGUAAACACACUGGUAAUGAGCUAUACAAAGCAGGACUUUGUUUGUGGUAAGUGUCACGAGGUCACAGCAAACUCUAUCAAUCAAACAUGUUGUGGGCCUCUCGUGGGAAAGGCAAAGCCAAUCCACACUCAGCUUCAGGCGCUCAAAAAAGUCGCUGUCAUUCAGGGGUUUGCGUGGUUGGAGGAGUGUGUUGAAACAGCGCUUCAAUUCAGCUAA